GCUGGGCCCAAAAUGUUAACUUAUAUGGUUCAUGUCUUGCUGUAUAGAAAACGAUUGUGCAUCUUUAGCAUUUAUGUCACAAAUAUUCAAAGGACCAAAUUGGCUUAUAAUAACACUUCUCUUUUUAGUUAUUUAUCAUGUCUAGUCCAAAAAUACAUUGCCCUCAAAUUCGUUUUCUGUUUUGUCACUUCUUUCGUUAGUGAAUGAAUGAUACCACAUGGCUAUGUACCUUAUCAGCACAACACUCUUCAUACAUUACCAUAUGGUGUUGUCUAAAUUUUUUGAGUAUAUAAUAUACGGUACUACAAUCUAGUUCAUAACUUGCAUUGCACCAUAGUUUAGAUUACUAUCUAGAUCUUCAGAAAUUGAAACCAUGAUAAGUGCAAAAAGGGUAAUAGAAAUGGCAAAAAAGUGGCAAAAACUGGCGGUUCGAAGACGCAAGAGGAUCUCAUACCUAAGAAAUGAAGUGGAUUUGAAAUCCUCAGUAGUAAACAAGGGUCACUUUGUUGUUUACAGCAUCGAUCGUAAGCGAUUUGUUGUUCCUCUAGAGUAUCUUAGCACGAACCUGUUCAAAGAACUCUUUAAAUGGUCCGAAGAAAUGUUCGGAUUGCCGGGGAAUAGACCUAUCAUGUUGCCGUGUGAUAGUGUUUUCUUGAACUAUGCAAUCUCGUUAGUUCAAGAACGGAUUCCUGAAGAUGUGGAGAAAGCUUUGAUCACUUUCAUGUAUGCUUGUCACAACAAGGCAUCCUCUAAUUCCUGUCAUGAUCUUAGGCAAAAAAGUGAACAAAUAGUUAUCUAUGGCUUUUGAAGAGAUUUUGAAACUUUUUGUCUACGAAUUUCAAAGUACUAAGCUUUUGUAGCUUGUUCUGAUAUACUUCAGAAUCAAUUUUGUAUAAUUAAUAAUGAGAAGGAAACAAUUUUUCUCCCCACUUA